UUUGAUGAAAGCAUUGAAUGUAAUGUAAGCACAUGUGAGCCAUAACUACAAACAUUGAACACAUGUUUGACUCGUGUUUUGCUUUCAUUUAAAUUGAAAAUUUAAGUUUUAUUUACAAUCAUUUGAUACAAUUGACAACAAGACAGACAUUUAAUGAUCAACUAAUGCCACGCAAGAAGAAGUUUACGCCAAAAUCGGCUUUAAAAGAGCCGACGAAGAGGGUCGUGGACUCAGAUGAUAGUAAUGAAGACUCGGAUGACUUUGACGAUGAGGUGCAACACUUCGACAAUAAAAAACACAAACAUUUGCUGCAAACAAGUGCUUUAGCUGAAGACACCACUUCUGAUGAGGACAACUAUGCCAGUGAUGAUGAGAUUAUGCCUUUGGAUGACAACACAGAUGAUGAUGAAGAAGAGGAUGAAGAGAAUAAUGAUAAUCGAAAUGAAUUUGUCGACAAUAGGUUUGGCAUUGAACUGAAAAAGGAUGAGAUGGCCAGUGAUCUCGAAGACAGUGAUGAAGAACAGAUGGAUUCAAAUGCGUGGGGAAAGACCAAGAAUUUGUUUUAUAACACCGAUUAUGUCGACAAAGAUUUUCGAAGAUAUAAUCACAAAGACUCGGAUCAGGCUCUUUAUGAAGAGGAAGAGGCUCUGGCCAUACAAAAACGUCUUUUCGAGUCAAUCAAUGAGACCGAUGUUGGCAUUGAAUUAUUGGUCGGUGAUAUCGAACCGAAAAAGACUUCAUUAGAUGAAACUAAUGGCGAAAGAGAUGAAAAUGAAGAGAAACUACAAAUAAAUUUCUCUAAUUUAACACAAAGAGAGAAAUUAGAGAUUUUAAGAAAAGAAUCGCCAGAAUUGGAACCAUUAAUAACAGAUUUUAGGUGUUAUAUGACUGAACUUAAAGAUCGACUUUUACCGAUAUUACAAGUUUUAAGGAAACAACACAUAAAUCUAACAGCUCUUAAAUAUCUUGAAACACGAUAUCAUAUUGUAAUUAAUUAUUGUGUGAAUAUUUGUUUUUAUAUGAGUCUGAAAUGUCAACGAAUUGAUAUCAAAGAACAUCCCGUUUUGAAACAAAUUAUUGCAUUUAAAAAACUCUUAACUGAGAUCAACUCAAUCACUACAGAUAAUAGCAAUUCUAUUGAUAAGGAAAUGGAUAUUAUUUUACAAAAAUCAAUGUCUAAUGAAAAGAUUAAACUAAUGAAAAAACGAAAGAAAAAGCCAAAGACUGUCGAAAAUGACAGAAAGAAAGUCAAGUUUUCAAACGAAUUGAAUGAAACUAAAGUUUCAGAAAAAACAACAAAUUUGAUUAAUAUUUAUGACAAUAAUGAAGAACAAGAAACUAAUGAUUUAACCAAAAGAGGUAUUACUUAUGAAAUGGCAAAAAAUAAGGGAUUAACAGCUAAAAGGAAGAAAGAGUUAAGAAAUCCAAGAGUUAAACACAGAAUGAAAUUCAGAAAAGCAAACAUUAGACGCAAAGGUCAGGUAAGAGAAACACGAAAAGAGUUACAACGAUAUGGAGGAGAGUUGUCAGGAAUUAAGUCGAGUGUUAUUAAAAGUGUUAAAUUUAAAUGAUUGUCAAAAUAAACGUAUCUUUUAUUUUAAAUCAAACUUUAUUUUAAAUUAAAUUAUACUCAAAAUAGGAUAUUAAAAAUA